CUCCCCGCGCCAGAUAUCCUGGCGAAGCUCUGCCGUCUCUCGAGGGUCCCGGGUGGCUCUGUUUGUCCCCCGGAGCGGGAUGAGGCGCGGGAAACCACGGGAGUCCCAUUCCUGGAGCCGGGUGGGCGCGUGGUCCCUGUGUCGUCGGCUCACCAGGGAGGAAAAAACCUUGCCGGGUUCAUGUGAGAGAUGGCGAAUGCCGAGGUGAGCGUCCCUGUGGGUGAUGUGGUGGUUGUACCAAGUGAUGGCAAUGAAGGGGAGAACCCGGAGGAUACCAAAACCCAAGUGAUCUUGCAGCUCCAGCCAGUGCAGCAAGGGAUUUACCAAGAGGGCUCCGAGGCCAGCGCCGCUGUGGUGGCCGUGGAAACCCACACCAUCCACAAGCUGGAAGAAGGGAUUGACCCCAGCACCCUUGAAACGAGUGAGGAAAUUGAGAUCGCCUAUCCCAUCACCUGUGGGGAGAGCAAAGCCAUCCUUCUCUGGAAGAAGUUUGUCUGUCCAGGAAUUAAUGUCAAGUGUGUGAAGUUCAAUGACCAACUGAUUAGCCCAAAGCACUUUGUUCACCUGGCUGGGAAGUCUACCCUGAAGGAUUGGAAGAGAGCCAUUCGUCUCGGAGGAAUCAUGCUAAGGAAAAUGAUGGAUUCUGGGCAGAUUGACUUCUACCAGCAUGACAAAGUUUGUACCAACACCUGUCGAAGCACCAAGUUUGAUCUCCUGAUCAGUAGUGCCAGAGCACCAGUGCCAGGGCAGCAGAGCGUGGUGCAGACUCCAACCUCAGCUGAUGGGAGCAUCACCCAGAUUGCGCUGUCAGAGGAGAGUAUGGAGGAGGGGAUAGAGUGGAACUCGGCUCUGACAGCUGCUGUCACCAUGGCCACUGAGGAAGGCAUGAAAAAGGACAUGGAUGAGAUUUCAGAGGACACGCUGAUGUUCUGGAAAGGAAUAGCUGAUGUGGGGCUGAUGGAAGAGGUAGUGUGCAACAUCCAAAAGGAAAUAGAAGAAGUCCUAAGAGGUGUGCAGCAGCGGUUGGGUCAGGCUCCCUUCCAGAUGACAGAUGCUGCAGUCCUGAACAAUGUCGCCCAUACAUUUGGCUUAAUGGACACAGUCAAGAAGGUACUGGACAACAGGAAAAACCAGACAGAGCAAGGAGAGGAACAGUUUCUUUACACACUGGCAGACCUGGAGCGGCAGCUGGAAGAACAGAAGAAACUUGCCAAGGACCAGAAGGCCAAGUCCCAAACUAUCCAGAAUGUGGUGCUGAUGCCUAUGAGCACUCCCAAGCCUCCCAAGAGACCCCGUCUGCAGCGCCCAGCCUCCGCUACCAUCCUUAGCCCCUCCACCCCAAUCCAGCAGCCUCAGUUCACUGUCAUCUCCCCCAUCACCAUCGCACCCGUUGGACAACAGUUCUCAGUGGGCAACAUCCCAGUGGCAACCCUCAGCCAAGGCUCCAGCCCAGUGACUGUUCAUACCUUGCCAUCUGGCUCCCAGCUCUUCCGAUAUGCCACCGUGGUUUCAUCCUCCAAGACCAGUUCCUCGGACACCGUUACCCUGCACCCGUCCUCCAGCCUGGCACUGCUGAGCUCAGCAGCCAUGCAGGACACUGGGGCCCUGGCGAAUGUGGCAACCAUGGUCAACCCUGUGGAACUGGUGGCCAUGGAGUCUGGCAUCACUUCCACCAUCCAAGCUGUGGAAAGCACCUCGGACGAUGGGCAGACCAUCAUAGAGAUCGACCCGGCGCCAGAUCCUGAGGCAGACACAGAUGAAUCAGAGGGCAAAGCUGUGAUCCUGGAGACAGAGCUGAGGACUGAGGAGAAAGUGGUGGGAGAUGUGGAAGACCAUCAGCACCAGGUCCAUAAUGUGGAGAUUGUGGUCUUGGAAGACUAAUGGGGAAGGCAAGCAUCGGUUAGGGGAAGAGCUGGGAAUUUGUUUUAUUUCAGGCUUUUUUGUUAAGUGUCUUUUCCAGCCACCCCAUUUAUUACUAUGGAUAUUUUCAUUGUACUGUAUAUUUUAUAUAUAUAUAUAUAUAUAUAUAUAUAUAUAUAUAUAUAUAUAUAUAUAUAUAUAUAUUUUUUUUUUUUUUUUUAUAAAACAAAGCUGGAGAAACACGUGAGACUUGGAUAAGGCUCCGUCUCCAUUGAGCACUGAACAAUACCGCUUGUGGCAGGGUGAAGGAGAGACUGGAUCUCUGCUGGACAACCCAACCAGGAGGAACUAGCCAUGCCUCAGUGCUUCUGCUCCAGGGCUGCCCUGGCCCGGAGACUUUAUUUGAGAGACAAUAACACUUGAGUGUGGAUGUGGCUGUGAGAAGGGGUGACAGAUUUGGGGUGGAACAGGUACCUCAUUUGUAUUUUUAUUUUCCCCAGGGAAAGGGAAUUCUGUCAGACCCUUAAUUGUCACCUCAAAUGGAAUUCUUUUAUUAUUUUUCUUUCUUUGGGGAGGCUGACAGUACAAUGAAUUUACUGUCCAUAUUCUCCUCCUCCACACAAAAUUGUUUUUAUAUCUCUAUCUUUUUGUAUUUGUUUGCUCUCUCCCUUCCCUUGUCCAGAGCUCUCAGCUGCAAAACCAUGGGACCUUCUCUCAGGGUCCCUGUAUCCCAAUCCCUCCUCUUCCCAUGGCACUUUUCCCCCAUCCCUUUCCCUGCCUGGUAAGAUUUGGUGAUGCGAACACUGCUUGAAGACUCCAAGAUCACUUCAGCAUUUUGUAUAAGGCAAAAAAUAUUAACUCAAGCUCAAACUCAGAUCAUCCCCCUUGGCUGCUCAGCACCACAGGGACCUUUCAGGGUGUACAAAGCAUGUUGUGCUAUUGCUUUCUGGGAGAGCCAGAUUUUGGAUCAGGACAGCUUCUGUUUACACGGUGUACUGAGGCUGCUCCGUGCUUGUCGCUACUUGUUUGGUGGUUUUAUUUUUGUAUUAUUUUUUCUUCUUUCUUCCUGUUAUCUCUUGGCAGGGUUAGAACUGGCACAUUCUUGAAAUAUGGUGCACCCCACUGUUUUCCCACUUUCCCUCUUUUUUUUCCGUGGUUGGAGAUCCAUUUGGGCUUUGCCACGCUGGGAAAAUGGAGGGGAAAAGCACCAGGUGGCUUCAGAGAUGCAGAGGUUUGGGAGGCUGGGAGCUGCUUGGCUGGAAAUAUUAAGCAAAGGAAAUACACCUGCGGAGGGUGUGGGGAGGGCAGGAAGAUGUGUCUGGCUAUUUUUUUGCAUUAAAAGGAAAAACGGA